AUGUCGGGCGCGGGGAAACGCCGGAGUUGCAGCGGUAGAAUUGCUUCACCACCUAUCCAACGGGAUCGCUCCAGAUCACGCCACAAUAGCCAUGCCCAGUACGAUGGUGGUCCGGGGAGUUCUGGUCAUCGUGGAAUGAACUCUCCCCCGGGCUCCCCUCGUGUAGCUUCGCGUUCACCAUCUGGAACUCUGACAUUUGGCAGUAUCCAAGGUCAAAUGCAGGGCGGGGAUAUUCCCCUUCGCGACCCAGCCCGUGAUCCCAGAAGAAUUCCUAAAAUUAGUGAUAUGUGUCGCAACGUUGAUUUACCGGCUGAUGCGUAUGCACUAAACCACGAGAUACGGUCAGAUGGCCUAGAAUCCCAAAUUGCCGGUCCUCCACCUACGGCUCACUGGAUGGAGAAGUGUUAA